GAACCCGAACGAUCUUCGCUAAAAUUUUCGCCGCCUUAUGGCUCUGCAACGCACUGUCACCUGCUAGUCACUUAAAGACUCUCGCCUAUAUCCUUGUACACAUUUUGUAGAGCAACUAAAUUACACAAUGUUAAUAUUUGCUAUGUAAAUACGCAUCCGUGUGAGAAUGGCUGGAUAAAUGAAUAGAUGGAUGACUGGAUGGAUGGCUGGAUGGAUGGAUGGAUGGGCGGCUGGAUGGAUGGACGGCCAAGUGCCACAAAAGGCCUACACUUGACACACAGACGUAGAAACAGAAACUGAAACCGAGAUGUUGAAAUGCCGAGAGGAUGUGCAAGUUGCGUCUAUUUAAAUAAACUGAGGCAAAAACUUGCCACAAUUGCAACAAAAUGCUCGACACAUGACAAAAUUGUUCUGUUCUAUGCCGCUCUCUGUAUGUAUGUGUAAGCACAUAUAAAUGAAGAUAUCCCCCGGGGGCAGCAAAUUCCAAGGAAAACAUUACCGCACUGAGAGAACGGCUUGUAAAUGCACAAAUAAUCUAAAGUGGCACAACGCAAAUACAGGCAACUAGAAAGCGGAAUCACACACAUUGGCAUCGGGUCGAAAGAGCCUCUUGAGUUUACAAAUUCUGGAAUGUACUGUUAACGUGAUGACAACUCUGUGCAUGUCCCAUCGUUUUUUUUGCUGUAUUUUCCGGGGAAUUGUCAUUGGGAAAAACUCCUUCGAAUUGGCGUCAGUCAUUUAUGACGAAGCAAUGUGUGUGCUUUUUUUCAAAGAAGCAAAAAGGACGAACAAAAGUUGAACGUAUGGUUUGGUUAUGUACUAAUGAUAUACACACAGGAAAGAAAUGUGUUUGAAUAUGUCCCAAAUAUUUGAGUGAAACUGUUUUGUUCGCGUGCCGAUCGCAAAUGUCUUUACGGAAUUGUUGAUACCAAAUGCGAGUCACGGCGAAACGGUUAUCUCGGAAUUUUCAACUCGCCAAGUUGGAUCGGAAUGGCAAAAUGCUGAUUCAUCUGCUGGUCGUCGUUGCGCUCAUGGAAGCAAUUGGCGCCUUUCAGCCGGAGUUCGUGGAGAGCAUUUCCAACGUGUCCGUGGCCGUCGGACGCGAUGCAACCUUCACGUGUCACGUCCGACAUUUGGGCGGCUAUCGGGUGGGCUGGCUCAAGGCCGACACGAAGGCCAUCCAGGCAAUUCACGAGAACGUGAUCACCCACAAUCCGCGUGUCACGGUCAGUCAUUUGGACCAAAACACGUGGAAUCUCCAUAUAAAAGCUGUUUCCGAAGAGGAUCGCGGCGGUUACAUGUGCCAAUUAAACACGGACCCUAUGAAAAGUCAGAUCGGCUUCCUGGAUGUCGUGAUUCCGCCGGAUUUCAUCAGCGAGGACACCUCCUCCGAUGUGAUUGUGCCGGAGGGCAGUUCCGUGCGAUUGACAUGUCGAGCCCGUGGAUACCCGGAACCGAUUGUCACCUGGCGGCGCGAAGACGGCAACGAGAUUGUCCUGAAGGACAAUGUGGGCACAAAGACCCUGGCCCCCUCGUUUCGCGGCGAGGUGCUGAAGCUGUCAAAGAUCUCGAGGAACGAGAUGGGCUCCUAUCUGUGCAUCGCCUCCAAUGGAGUGCCCCCAUCGGUUUCAAAGCGUAUCUCCCUCAGCAUACACUUUCAUCCGGUCAUCCAAGUGCCGAAUCAAUUAGUCGGCGCACCACUUGGCACUGAUGUCCAAAUCGAGUGUCACGUCGAGGCCUCGCCCAAAUCAAUUAACUACUGGAUUAAGGACACGGGAGAGAUGAUUGUGACAUCGGGAAAGUAUCAUGUGCAGGAGAGUUCACAGUCCAUGUACGAGACCAAAAUGUCGAUGAUAGUCAGGAAGUUCCAGAAGGACGAUGUCGGAUCCUAUCGCUGCAUAGCCAAAAACUCACUGGGCGAAGUCGACAGCAGUAUCCGUUUAUACGAAAUCCCCGGACCGAAUCGUAAUAAAAAUCCGUUGAACGGCGGCGGAAAAGGGGGCGGUGGAGGGGGCGGCUCUGCCGGCGGAAGCCUGGAUGCGGAUGCCAAUGACAUUUUGAAGCAGAAACAACAAGUCAAAGUCACCUACCAGCCGGAGGACGAGGAGCUGCAGUACGGAUCCGCCGAGGAUUUCGAGACGGAGGGCGGCGAAAACGGCGGAUUGACACCGUUAUCGCCGCACGUUUACUACACCAGCGGCAAUAAACCGGCCACACAUAAGCCGGGCAACUCCGGCGGCAAUCAGCAUCAGCAUCAACAUCAGCAGCACCACCAUCACAACCACCACCACAACAACCAGCACGGUGGUGGUGGGUCGGGGUCACCAGGCGGUGGUUUGGGGUCACCUGGUGGCGAAAUGGGAGGCAUCACACGUAAGCCCCCGCCCUAUUACGGCGGCAAUACGGAAGUGCGCGGCCCCAUCGACAACAACGAAAUGAGCUCCGGCUCCGGACUGCGUCGGGGUCACCAUUUGCCCCUUCCCCUGCUCCUCGUCCUCCUCCUCCUCCUCAGGAGUUGGCACUGUCGACAGCCGUUCUUAAUGGGCUUGUCGACCGUGUCUGGCCUCCUGCUCGGCCUCUUAUAAUACGCAGUCUAAUGGACUCUACCCAGCGCAUUCAACAACAGACUCAACAAUACAUGAUCGAAACGAAGGAAUAAGUGGCCAACAACACGACGUUCUUCAUCAGUUAAAGGAUAUCAACAUCACUUACGCCAACACACCACACAAAAAAAGAAAGGUGGUGAAAUAAAUGCAAUCCAAAGGACUGAAUGCAUUCACCAAACUUCACCAACACUUUAUCCAAAAGCUCCAACACAUUUUUAAGUAAAAGCUGUCUUAAUAAUUUCUACAACUCCCUCAACAACACAUAUUGUGGAGGAAAAAAACACACAUAAAGAGGUCUGUAUUUCAUAGUCCAAGGGACUCUACAAAACCUCACCAAAAACUCAACAACACGUUCAACAACAGUCUCCAAAACGCAAGCUCUCAAUCAUAUAACACAAAUGUUUUAGUAUUAAAAGUCCAAGGGAGUAAACAUUUAACUACACAUUCAACAACAGUCUCUAAAAAACGUACUCUCAACCAUAAAAACACACAUGUUGUAGUAGCAAAUGUUAAAUUGUUUAUAACAUAAAUGAAAAAAAAAAAAGAAAACAG